UCAGUCUCGUGUUAAUAUGCUUACUCAGUCUCGCGUGAAUAUGCUCAGUUGAUUGGUGACGUCAAUAUGCUCAGUAUCAAAUGCUAAUAAUAUACUCAGUCUCGUAUCAGCAUACUUACUCAGUGUCUCCAUGCUCAUGCACUAUUCAGUCUCGUGUCAAUAUACUUACUCAGUCUCGUGUCAAUAUACUUACUCAGUCUCGUGUCAAUAUACUUACUCAGUCUCGUGUCAAUAUACUUACUCAGUCUCGUGUUGAUAUACUCGAACUCGUGUUAUAUUCAGUUGUGUCCUGCGGUUAGUCUCAUGUUGAUAUAUUCGUUAGUUACUGUGUCGUCUUGCUGCGGUGGGCACUUCGUAGUAGUCAGUCUCGUGAUACGAGCACAGCUUUCUAUCUUAGUGACCCUCAUGUUACGAAGGUUGCUGGCACUGUCGUGUUAUAGCACUCUUAAUUUCCUGAUGCUUUACCUGUCGGUUUCUAGAACAAAAAUUAUAACGUAGGUACUCUGUCAAUGUGUAAAUAUUCCAAGAAUUCUGCUGCCAAGUCCGAAUGAGGGAUCCAUCCCAUGCCGAUGCCACAGCUUAUGCAGACACCAGGCUCCCUGUACUACAAGACAGAGUAAGAAAAUUUUUACCUAGUAUGUCAGAG